CUUUACUGUAUUAUAGUCAUACCUGAUUUUCAUUUGUCGGGCAUCUAAGGAUUGAAACUAAAUCAUGGUGUUGACCACUGCAGCUCUUAUUCUAAUUGUUACCAGUAAAUUUGCCUUAGGACAGGAUUACAGACAGGCUGUUAUAUCCCAAGCACCAAUAUAUCUAUUAAAUAUGUCAGAGAGUUCAGUUGAUGACCGGUAUGAUGGUUGUACAGAGAAGAUGGCAAACCUGGUGGAGACAAAAUAUCUAUCAGAAGAAAUCACUGCUAACAAAUUAGGUUUUGGAACUGCUUGGAUAAACAGUGAAGGAGAAAUCCCUGAAGCAGAAGAUAACUUAAAUAGAAACCAUUUAAUUGCCAUUUAUGUGUACACUGGUGUUAGAGUAUAUUCUCAAUUCAAUCAGGAUGUUAUGACUGGCAAACAAAAAUACAAAAACAUGAAAUACGCAUGGUAUUCACUUCAUUUUUGGUUGACAGAAGCAAUACAGAUUUUGAAAAAAACACAACAGGGAUGUAAAUCAACUUAUCGUGGUACCAGUGUUAGGUUUAAUGAGAAUGCUCUGUACAAAGAGAUUCGUUUUGGGACCUUUGCGUCCUCCUCUCUUUUACUUGAUAAUGCAAAGAGUUUCGGAACUGAAUCUUGUUUUGAAAUCAAGACUUGUUAUGGUGCUGAUUUGUCAAAGUACUCCCAGUAUUCUGAUGAGAAAGAGGUGCUGAUUCCCCCAUAUGAGACAUUUAAAGUGACUGAAAUCAGGCAUGACUGGUGUAAGACUGUGUUUGUGUUGAAAAGCUCUAGAAUAAGAAGUGACUUAAACUGUGCAGUGGCAUCAGCCGAGUCCCAGAUAUAUCACAGAUGUCUGUCUCUGUGGUUGAGCAACUUUUACAUCUUCAUUCAUUUCUCUUUUUUAUAUUAAGUAUUACUUUUUAUAGAGCCCCACACAUAACAUGCAGGAAAAAAUAGCCUGGCCCUAAAUUAAGAAUUUGUUCCAGUAAGCUCCUUUAUCAGAACAGUAAUGAUGUGGAAACUUUGGGGCUGGCAUUGAACAUGGAAACUAUCAUAGAUCAGCACAAAGUGUAUGCAACAAGGUUUUGUAUCAGAAAAGAUGUACAGAAAUGACUAUGCUGGUCAUAGGCUUGUAUGGUUAACUUGUGGGAACCUGUUUGUCAGACUUUCACUAUAGCUACUUUUCAAAGGUCGGUUAAUUGGCCCAGAAAUAAUGGCGAUAAUCAAUAGUAUUGUCUUUUUAAAGGUAACAUUCUUCCUGAUCCCAUUUUUCAAACUUUAGUUAGUGUGUAAUGUUGCUGUAAUAGCAUAAAUAAUACCUGCAAAACGCUAAAGCUCAAAGUUCACUGCCAGGCGAUAUAUUUUCUUUAACAGAAUUCGCCUUUCAAAGCCUACAGCGAACAGCCGGUUUGGACUACAGCCCUCUACUUCCUUAUUAAUUGAUGUCAAUAUAAGAGUUUUUGACUUAGCUCCGCUCACAGGAAUACAUCACGCCGGCCUGUAGCUCUAAUGCCUCUGCUAAGCUGAUGUCAAAUCACAGCACACUAAACAAACUACACAAUCUCAACUCGUUACGUAUUUCAGAAGAAGUGACUUCAUAGAACAAGGAGGACAUCAGCCUAUUUUUAGGACAGUAAAAACAGCGCUAUGGAAAUAAGUAAACUGUGUGAAAAAUACGUUUUUUUUACAUGUGAAGCAUGAACACAUGUUAUAUUGCGCACUGUAAACACAAUCAAAGCUUCAAAAACACAGAAAGAACAGGAGCUUUAGACCAUUUUAUGUCACUGAUUAGAUAUGAAAAUUGCAUAAUACUGCAAGUAAAUCUUUUCUAAGAACACAACUUUGAUUUUUAAGAAUAUUAAGAUAAAAAAAAGAAAUAUUAACAUGAAAGUGGAAUGUAAGAAAAAAAAAAUAUUAUAAAUAUUUAAAACAUAAAUAAAUAAGAUCAAAUAUGCAUUUCAGUUUUAAAGAGCUAAUUGUGAUUGGUCAAUAUAAACCCCACAGGGUUUAUCAGAGUGUUACUCUGAUCACAUCAGUGAAUAUGUGCCAUUACACAUGGUCACAUUUAUAAUAGCUACACCUCAGAUCUAAACACUAGAUGUUAUGGUUAUGUUUUUAGAUGACUUUUUAUUUGUUUUCUUUUCAUUGCCUCAGUUUUUGAACAGAGUAGACAUGCUGGCUUGUUUCCGUUAAUUUCCUCUACUCACUUCGUAGAUGCAGGAUCUUUAAAGGGGCCAUGAACCUGACAAUUUUAUUGUUUUAAACUGUUGUCUGAGGUCUACUUAUGAUGUUCCCGUGGUUUUUACAUUAAAAAAACAUCAAAAGUAAUAAGUAAUACGCUAUUUUGUAACAUGGAUUAGUGGCUCUCUGGAGAAAUGGUUCGUUUGAAGGGGCGGGCCGCAUUGAAGACCUGGAUGUAACGCCCACUGCUAUGAUUGGACAGCUUCAUUCUCCGUCAUUACAUGUGGGGAAUUGUUUUGAAAACAAUGUGUAAAAAUACCUGCCGAACACAAAUAUGUUUGAGCCACAAAAGAUUCUGGGUGCUAAAGAUGAUACACAUAAAUGACAAAUGAUACAUGAGUGAAGUAGAAACAAAACUUUAAACUCGACGUGACUAAAUUACUGUAUACAACACAGUAAGCACGCAUCAGAAUCGAAACCGCAGCUGGUAAGUCCUUAUCACUAACUUUGUAUAUUUCUAUUGUGCUUGUGAGGUUGCUCUUAGAUACACGUAACGUUACAUACCACAGUUAUAUGAUAAAAAAGCUUUGUUAAGUGUUGGACCUUUCAAACGCAACUUGCCUAAAUUACCGUAUACAACACAGUAAGCGGGCAUCAGAAUCUAAAUUGCGGCUGGUAAGUCCUUCUUUAUCACUAACUUUGUAUUUUUAUCGUUAAGUGUUGCACCUUUAUUAUUCUCUCUCUCUCUCUCUCUCUCUCUCUCUCUCUCUCUGUGUGUGUGUGUGUGUGUGUGUGUGUGCACGCGCACUCUGAGCUGCAAAUGCCACUCUUUCGAGACAGACAGCAGGCAGAGAUGACAAAGGCAAUCGUGAUCAGCUAAAAUGCUAAUGACAUUCAUUUUUUUUGCAAACAAACACAACUGUAAACACUAUGGUAAUAUAUUUCCUCUCCCAAAACUACCGACGUCAUGUUCACCGAUCAUUUGAUAAGUCGAUAUAGUCAUUGUCACAACAGGCAUACCGUCUGAAAAACGUAGUUUUGUGCAUCAUUGCACAAUUCAGACCACCUUGUGUUGUGUACACUCAAACACCUAUAAAAAUAGUGAUAGGAUCAGUUGUGCAGACUCUUCUUAACUGCUUACAGUUUAGUAUAUUGUUUUACUUGUUCGUUUUUUUUAUUGGUCAGAGGUUUUUUGCAACAGAGCAUUGCUAACACUUAUUAGUGUAACUUACAGUAUGUUCAAUGUAUCACUUUA